UAGGGCUCGCGCGCCGCCAUGUUGGGAGCGGAAGCGGAGUGAGUCGCGAGAGCUCUACGGGACGAGUCCGGAGCCGAGGUUGUGCUUGUCAAGUGACGGCUGCGGUGUCGCGCUGAAUUUGUCCCUCGCCGCCGCCUCCUUUGUGCUCGGGGUAGAAAACGUCUAGGCAGUCUCCUCCCCUGUCGGGGGGAGGGAGAGAGAAAGAAAGAAAGAACCAACCGAGCAGUCCUGACCUUGCGCUUUGGCGGCACACUAAGGAGCAGCAGCAGCAGGCGGGGGACUCGGAAGUUAGGGAGGAAAGAUGCCGCUGGCACAGCUGGCGGACCCCUGGCAGAAAAUGGCUGUGGAGAGCGCGGCUGAGGGCAGCACCAGCGCCGAGAAUGGCCAACAAAUAAUGGAUGAACCUAUGGGAGAAGAAGAGAUAAAUCCGCAAUUGGAAGAAGGUACUAUUAAAGAGAUUGCCAUAACACAUCAUGUCAAGGAAGGACAUGAAAAAGCAGAUCCUUCACAAUUUGAACUCCUUAAAGUACUAGGACAGGGGUCUUUUGGAAAGGUGUUCCUUGUAAAAAAAAUCUCAGGAACUGAUGCCAGGCAGCUGUAUGCAAUGAAGGUAUUAAAAAAAGCAACACUGAAAGUUCGUGAUCGUGUUCGGACAAAAAUGGAGCGGGACAUCUUAGUAGAAGUUAAUCAUCCCUUUAUUGUCAAGUUACAUUAUGCUUUUCAAACGGAAGGGAAGCUCUACCUUAUAUUAGACUUUCUCAGGGGAGGUGACUUGUUUACACGCUUAUCCAAAGAGGUGAUGUUCACAGAAGAUGAUGUCAAAUUCUAUUUGGCUGAGUUAGCACUUGCUUUAGAUCAUCUACAUAGUCUGGGAAUAAUAUACAGGGACCUAAAACCAGAAAACAUACUGCUUGAUGAAGAAGGGCAUAUUAAAUUAACAGAUUUUGGCUUAAGCAAAGAGUCUAUUGACCAUGAGAAAAAAGCAUACUCCUUCUGUGGAACAGUAGAAUAUAUGGCACCAGAAGUUGUGAAUCGGCGAGGUCAUAUGCAGAGUGCAGACUGGUGGUCAUUUGGUGUGUUAAUGUUUGAAAUGCUCACUGGUACUCUACCUUUCCAAGGGAAAGACAGAAAAGAAACCAUGACUAUGAUUCUCAAAGCCAAACUUGGAAUGCCCCAGUUCUUGAGUCCAGAAGCUCAAAGUCUUCUCCGAAUGCUUUUCAAGCGAAACCCUGCAAACAGAUUAGGAGCAGGUCCUGAUGGUGUUGAAGAAAUUAAGAGGCAUCCAUUUUUCUCCACAAUAGACUGGAAUAAAUUGUUCAGAAGAGAAAUUAAUCCACCAUUUAAACCUGCAACUGGUAGACCUGAAGAUACAUUUUAUUUUGAUCCUGAAUUUACAGCAAAAACUCCAAAAGAUUCACCUGGCAUUCCACCUAGCGCUAAUGCUCACCAGCUUUUUCGGGGCUUCAGUUUCGUAGCUAUUGCAUCAGAUGAUGAAAGUCAAGCAAUGCAGACAUCUGUUGGGCACUCUAUUGUUCAGCAGUUGCACAGGAACAGUAUUCAGUUUACUGAUGGAUAUGAAGUGAAACAAGAUAUAGGAGUCGGUUCCUAUUCAGUUUGCAAAAGAUGUAUACAUAAAGCAACAAAUAUGGAAUAUGCAGUAAAGAUUAUAGACAAGAGUAAAAGAGACCCCACAGAGGAAAUAGAAAUCCUGCUGCGAUAUGGGCAGCAUCCAAAUAUUAUUACACUCAAAGAUGUGUAUGAUGAUGGGAAAUAUGUGUAUCUGGUAACAGAGCUUAUGAAAGGAGGAGAACUGUUGGACAAAAUCCUUAGACAAAAAUUUUUUUCAGAAAGAGAAGCCAGUGCUGUCCUAUUGACAAUAACAAAAACUGUUGAAUACCUCCAUGCACAAGGAGUUGUACACAGAGACUUGAAACCUAGCAAUAUCCUUUAUGUUGAUGAAUCAGGCAAUCCAGAAUCAAUUCGAAUCUGUGAUUUUGGUUUUGCAAAGCAGUUGAGAGCAGAAAAUGGCCUUCUAAUGACUCCUUGUUACACAGCAAACUUUGUUGCUCCUGAGGUUUUAAAAAGGCAAGGUUAUGAUGCUGCAUGUGAUAUAUGGAGCCUUGGUGUCCUGCUCUAUACAAUGCUGACUGGCUACACUCCCUUUGCAAAUGGUCCUGAUGAUACCCCAGAGGAAAUCUUGGCACGAAUAGGUAGUGGAAAGUUCUCUCUCACGGGCGGAUACUGGAAUACUGUUUCCGAUACAGCAAAGGAUUUGGUUUCGAAAAUGCUUCAUGUUGACCCUCAUCAGAGAUUAACUGCUGCCCAGGUUCUAAGACAUCCAUGGAUUGUUCACUGUGACCAGCUGCCUCAGUACCAACUAAACAGGCAAGAUGCUCCACAUCUUGUGAAGGGUGCUAUGGCUGCUACAUACUCUGCAUUGAACCGCAAUCAGUCACCAGUUUUAGAGCCAGUGGGCCGCUCGACCCUUGCUCAGCGAAGAGGUGUCAAAAAAAUUACCUCAACAGCCCUAUGAAGUGACCUCAGUUGCAAAAUGUGGUACCAUAAUAAAAGAUUAUAGCACAAAUCAUGGCAACAGGUAGCACAUAUCCAAGAUACCUGCAAGCACACUGUUCCAGCUGGUACCUAUUAUGCUGCUGUUCCUGCUUUCAUCUGUUCUUGCUUUAAACUAUUGAUGGGAAAUGUUGCCCUUUUGGAUGGAGUGUAAAGUUGAAUCAAUGGGAAAUGAACAUGUUCAUGGAGAUAAUAGAAUUAUGAACACCUCUUCUGUCACAUAAAUACACUGAAUAAAGCACUCUGCACCAUAUAGCAUUAUUUUUAUAGGGAA